CGUGGUAUAAACCUGGUCAAACCCCAGAUUCGGUUCUCGGAGAGGUCUCCUCUUCCAUGGAAGAAUGCCGUGCUGAAACUGUGGCAUUAUACCUACACGGACAAAAACGAAAUAGAGGACAUCGUCUUCAUCACCUUUCUUCACGUGGCACGUGCUGGUCUGUGUGGUCUUGAGUUCUAUGAUCCGAUCACCAAAUAGCAUGGUAAAGCUCAUAUGCAGGCUCGGUUAGGAAUCACGAAUUUCAUGAUGAAUGAGGGUUUGGUGCGCCUCGAGGAAGUUCGUGGAUCGCACGGCGAAUUGAAGAACGUCUACAUUAGGGUGGAUCGUGAAAAGGUACUCAAAGGACGAUCGAUCGUCGGAAAACUUCUGCUCAAACUACAAGUUCUCAAGAGCACAGCGGAUGGUCCAGGCGCGAGGAAAUUCUAUACCGAGUUGACGACGCCGUUACCGGGAUGGCUAGGAGAAAUCCGAGAUGUGGUGUUGAAGAUGAAGCAGCCGCGCAAGAUGAUGUUGCAACCGAAUACCUUUGUUGUCGAUGGCGAGGUGGUCCUGAAGGAAUACCCACUUACUGCGGGUGGUGUGAUCGAGAGUUUAAUUGAGGGAAACCUUUAAUGAUUCCAGGAGCUUGAGCAGAAGUAAUUCCACUUUGUGACAGUUAUAGUGGCGGUGGUGCACUUUCUAAGUUUGGACAUCGCACCUUCCAAAUAAAGGAAAGUACACGAGUCACCGCAACUUUUGAGUGGGAUGGUCCGU